AUUUACUACAUCUACUUCACUUCACUUCGCUCUUAUCCGAAUACCACUUCAUUUCACGCUUCCUCGGAUACCAACUAUCUAUUCAUUGCCGCAAGAUCAAAGAUGGCGAUCCUCCCUUCCUUUCCAGGUAUCUCUGUCACUGUUCAUAACGCACAAGGGCAACUCCCCGAAUACGCCGAUGUCGAACCAAAUAUUGUUGAAGGGCUGCAGUCGCCUCUUUCCGUUGUGACUUCCAACUACAUUGAAGUUCCUCCAGAUGGUGGACCCUUCUGGCUGAAUUUCUAUGUCAGGUCAGAUUAUAUGCAUGCUCCUCAUGGGGUUAUGUUCGGGUUCGAAGACCCUGGUGCUGAUAUCCGAAAUUGGAUGAGCUACACUUCCAAUUGGUCGAAUGACAACAAAUGGUUGAGAGGUGCGUCGGAAGGAUAUGCUGGUGGCAAUGAACGGAACCCACUAGUGAGAACCUUCAAGUUUGAUAAGUUGAAAAUACUUUCAGGUGACGGUGAGAGCGAUGGUCUAUCUCUAACGGAGAGAAAGAAGAUGGAAAGUAUGGGGAUGUUCCAGAUCCGGAUCAUACCAGGAAAGCCAGACGAAGCCAGGGCUUCACAGUGGACGCAAGGGCUAAAACAAGCAAAUCAUACCGCUCAUGCCAUGGCUACUAUAACGGAGAAAGUUGCCGCAAGAAAAAGCUUGUCGUUAGGCAUUGGAUACACCGACAAAAUCCUCAAUCCCCCAGCGAUUCCGGUGGCUCAUACUAGUUAUCAUACUUAUAACAACAUCUGGAACCAUCCCAUCGCUAUAUUUCAAUUUAGAUACCGAUCAAGAGCUGACCUCCAGAGGCUGCUAUUGAUUAAGGCAGCUCCCCAGUCCGAGCAGAUCCCCAGGGGAGGGUCGCGGCCUGGAUGGCGGCUUGCAAUCCACAUCACGGCAGCACUGACUAUUCUCCUUGGAUUGGUUAACACCUGGUCGCUCCCCAACGAUACAAGGAAAGAGUCGUCAUCAUGGAGCAGUUUCUACCGCAGUGUAGAUUGGAUAGGUCUUACUAUCUCGAGUACGUGCUUCGGCACUCUCUCAUACGUUUUUGCAACCAUUUCGGGAGACCUGAAGGCCAUAGAACACCCGGUCAAUAUAGUUCUUCUUUGCCUCGCUGCACUUCUCAUACCCAUGUUCGCUUUUUGGAUGAAUUUACAAGAGAAGCAUGGACGCCCAGCACUGGUUCCGAAUUCAAUGUGGCGUAAUAAAGCUUUCACAUGCAUGUGUCUUAUGGUAGUGCUUAUUUGGGCCACCCUUCAAUGUAUGAGGAUGUUUCUCAGUCUCUUUUUCCAAAAUAUCCAACACUUCAGUGCUUUGAACGCUGCAGUUCUCCUCUUCCCAAACGUCAUCGCCGGUAUCGCCCUCAAUCUUCUCACGGGGUUCCUCGCGUGUCAUGUCAGCAGCUACUAUCUUGUCCUAACUGCAAACGUUUUUGGGAUCCUCUCCCCGCUGCUUCUGUGUAUUAUCAACCCCGCCUGGAAUUACUGGAUAUGUAGUUUCUGGGCUGUACUACUGAGUCCGGUAUCUGCAGGAGUUGUCUUCACAAUCGCCAACCUCGUCAUUACUGAUGCUUUCCCAAAAAAGACACAGGCUCUCGCAGGCGCUAUGUCCAACACCGCCCAGCAGCUCGGAGGUGCCUUCGGUCUGGCGCUUGCAGGAGUCGUGGCCGCGCGCGGGUCCAGGGAGGACAAGACGGGAGUCAAGAUGCACUGUGGUUAGGAUAUCGGGCCGUGUUUUACAUGUGUUUCGGCACCAUGGUGAUAGCGUGUUUACUUGGUGCUGUGGCAUUAAUAGGGACGGGGAUAGUGGGGACGAGCAACGAGGAGAAGAGGCCUACGACUGCAAAGCAGGAUGGAGAUGUAUAGGCUGUGUGACAUGACUUGGAAAACGGGACUGCAUGAGGCUGAAAAAAGCCGAGGGGCCGGCGGGUAAGUUGAUUUUUUGUUAAGCAAGGAGCUCAUUCAGGG